AUGGCCAACGCCAGCGAGCCCGAGGAGGUCAGCGGCUCCCUCUCCCAGUCCGCCGCCGCCGCGUCCACCUACAUCAAGCUGGUGCUGCUGGGCCUCAUCAUCUGCGUCAGCCUGGCCGGGAACCUGGUGCUGUCGCUGCUCGUCCUCAAGGACAGGACCCUGCACAAAGCCCCGUACUAUUUCCUGCUGGACCUGUGCCUGGCCGACGUCAUCCGCUCGGCCGUCUGCUUCCCCUUCGUCCUGGUGUCCAUCCGCCACGGCUCGGCCUGGACCUACAGCGUCCUGAGCUGCAAGAUCGUGGCCUUCAUGGCGGUCCUGUUCUGCUUCCACGCGGCCUUCAUGCUGUUCUGCAUCAGCGUCACCCGCUACAUGGCCAUCGCCCACCACCGCUUCUACUCCAAGCGGAUGACCUUCUGGACGUGCGUGGCCAUCAUCUGCAUGGUGUGGACCCUGUCGGUGGCCAUGGCCUUCCCCCCGGUCUUCGACGUGGGCACCUACAAGUUCAUCAGCAACGAGGACCAGUGCAUCUUCGAGCACCGCUACUUCAAGGCCAACGACACGCUGGGCUUCAUGCUCAUGCUGGCCGUCCUCAUCGCCGCCACCCACAUCGUCUACGUCAAGCUCCUCCUCUUCGAGUACCGGCACCGCAAGAUGAAGCCCGUCCAGAUGGUGCCGGCCAUCAGCCAGAACUGGACGUUCCACGGGCCGGGGGCCACGGGGCAGGCGGCGGCCAACUGGAUCGCCGGCUUCGGCCGGGGCCCCAUGCCCCCGACCCUGCUGGGCAUCCGGCAGAACGCCCACACGACCAACCGGCGGCUCCUGGGCAUGGACGAGUUCAAGAGCGAGAAGAGGCUCGGCCGCAUGUUCUACAUGAUCACUCUCCUCUUCUUGGUCCUCUGGUCGCCUUACAUCGUGGCCUGCUACUGGCGAGUCUUUGUCAAGGCUUGCGGCGUGCCUCAACACUACCUGUCCACCGCCGUGUGGAUGAGCUUUGCUCAGGCCGGGGUCAACCCCGUGGUGUGUUUCCUGCUGAACAAAGAGCUGAAGAAGUGUUUGAGGACUCACCUCCCCUGCUGGGGGGCCGGGGGCGCCCAGGUGCCCAGGGAACCUUACUGCGUCAUGUGAA